GCCUCAGCAAGCCCUGGGGCAACUCACCCUGUCAUUCACUGUGGCCGUAUAGAAUCGCAUUGCAUUACGAUUGAAGUCCUUGAUCUCCUCCCACCGUCCCGGCCUGCAUCGUCGCUGUAUGGCCGCCUAGAUGGAUACGACUCAAGCAUACUCGUCACAAACCGAUAUCGACGCACCCGAUUCAUCCCCGAAGGCUUCCGUCGAGUAUAUACCAAACGAGUUGGGGUCCGGCGAUUUUGCGCCCUCAGAUCCUCCGCUAGAAGAAUCUGCACCAACCGAGGUCGGCACCAUCGACGGCCCUGGGAACGCCGAGGCCUCCGCGCUCCUGGGGGAGCCCCACACAGCGCCUCACUGGAAGUCUGCAGAUGAGGUUCGCUCCACUGCAUCCCAGCCUGACAUCGCUCCAUUGCAGGCGCUAUCGACCACCGCAUUAGCCCAGUCAGCUCAGCCAGCACAGAAGGGAUAUUUAGGAGAGUCUUCAGUCGAGGGCUCAGAAGAAAUAUCAUUCGUGAGCAUUAGCCAAGUCGUUGACGACCAAGUCGAGCCUGUCGCAGAGGACCUGGAGGUAGUCGAUCCCGAGCACUCGGGGGAAGUUGUCGAUGGUGAGCUCGAAGGAGCUGCCAAGGUUACUUUGACCGCAGUUGAUAGCCCGAUAAGUGGAAACCCUCAUCUGAGCUCAGAACUAAAACCAGUAGAGGUUCUCGCUGCCGAGCCUCUGGGUUCCGGCAACCAAGUCGCCUCGGUCAAUGAAGGCAGCGGUAUCCCAGCUACAGAUGCGCCGCAGCGAUAUGGAUGGAAUGAUAUUCAAGUUGCAGAUAGCGGAAAUGACGAUCCACCCACCGCAGCGUUGGCCGACACUUCAGCAGACACAACUGGACAACCUGCCGAGCUCGAUACCCCUGUACCGUCGAUGAACGCUGAUCUCCCCAGCGACUCGCAGCCCGGGGAUUAUGAUAGGCGGAGCUCAUCCCUGUUUCAGACUCCUCAGCCGGAGGAGGACAUUUCACUGCGGCCAUCAUUCCGGGAUCCAAGCGUAUGCUCGAUUCCGAUCCCCAUUUCGUCCAUGGUACCGCUUCGGAAGCUAAACAAUGGCGGCUCUCAGGCCGGGCAGUCUGCACCAACGAGCAGGCCGAGUUGGCUGCCGAUACCGGUCACUCGCCUCAAGAGGGAUCCAUCAACUCCGGGGGACAAAAGUGCCACCGGGAUCCUUGAUGGAGGCGGGGACCAGACAUCCCACUCUCAUCUACUUCCGUCUGCGUCUCCUACGGGCGGAGGCAAGGCCGCAUCGGCGUCAUCAGUGUCCUUUACCAAGCCCGCGGUGUGCCCUUCCAACGCCCUCCAUCUCAUGGAAUAUGAUGCCCGAAAAUCGCGGGCAGGCCAUCGACUCACAGUCCUUCGACAAACAGGCUUUGCUUUGGAAGUCGGCACACCAACGCUUGAGUCUGGGGAUGAAAUGGACGCUGUCCUGUGCACCAAGACCAAUAUUGCCCAGCAUCCGCUAGCCAAGCUGCCUCUGCAUCCCGGCCCACUGUUGCCUGGCCUGGAAUCAAGACCCUUGACCAUCUGGCUUCGUAACAAGUACUCGAUGGCAGCGUUCGCCCAUCGCGCGCCUGACGACAACUUUUCUCCGUACUCCCACCCGCUUCCGAUCACUCGAGAGUCCAUUCCUAUCCAAAAAACGCCUGCACGCCGGCACCACCUCGUUCGAGAGCUUCGAAAUCAGCGAGAGCUUGCUCUGGAGGCCAUCUACCUUGGCCCCACCGCCAUUCCAGCAAAGUCGUUUUUCAAACAGCACACGACUCACACACAGACCGCCAAACUCUCCUCCAACGCUGAGUCGCAGCCGCUGGCUCCUUCGUUCAGCGGCACCCGUCCUAGCCACGAGACUUAUCGGUAUCUUGGAAGCGUCCACUGGCAAGAAUACAGCCGCCGUCAGCCCAGCGCUCAGCCUAAAAGCAGCUCGGGCUACCCACCAGUCCCCUCCAGCAAUAAUACCCGCCCAUCCAGUACCAAUCGCUCCGUCGCCUCCGCGGGCCAUGCCACGGGUGAGCUCGCUAUCGUCACCAAGAGGUCUUCGACACUGACCCCAUCGAAGCCCCGCCACUCGCUCCUGCCGGUUUCGCACCAGCUGCCCCUGAACCUUCACGAAUACCCCCCGAAUCGUGCCCAUGCCGCGCUGCCAGAUCGCCCAUUCGUGGUCCCCGGAGUGAAGGGCGGCGACGUUUCGUAUCGGAUUCCCGGGCUUCCUUUCGCUAAGCGCAACUACAGUACCCUCCCUCACCAGCAGCGCCGUGUACAGCGGUCUGUCAAGUCCAUACCUAAGAAGCCCACGGAGCUGCACGUUUUGGACUACCAAUCCGCACCGAUGGAAAAGUCUUCAGAAAGUCAGAAGAUCAGUGUAUAGCAUCUCAAGGGGCGCUAACGAAUGUGCGCACCACAUCGGCCUCUGGGGGGGGGGAGGAGAAUACUGUGUGUAGGUCGCAUGGUACCGGUAAAUGUGUGAUACGCUGAGCCUCAACCAACUCUCAAAGCACGGGCACUCCUCUAUCCCAGAAUUAUCGCCCCGAUUUGCAUUUACUGCUCCGCGGUUCUUGAAUACAUGUCCGUCUCAACAGUAAACGCAGGCCACCCGUAGACGCGCCGUCUCAUUGCCGCUGUCGAUGUGGGCAU